UAAAGAAGAACAGGCACUAAUAUUUUUGUUGCAGGAAAUAAAGUUAUAGGCAAACCUAAAGUGAGAUGAUAAAAGCGCUGCAAUUCUGACGCAAGUUUACACUUUCAAAACUACCGAGCUAACGUUAAGAUCACAAAAUGUCAGAGAAAAAUAGCCAAGAGGAUCCAGAAUGGCCCACCAAGGAUUAUGUGGAGAAGAAACUGCGUAAUUAUUUCAGGAACGACAGCCUCCGGUUGAAAAAACUUGACAUUAACCCGGCUGCAGCCAAAGGCGACAACUAUGCCAGCGUUAUGUCCCGGCUUAGUGUGGAGUACACCACCAAAGACUCAAAGGACGUGCAGGCCGCAUCAUUUCUGCUGAAGACCACUUUCGCCGCCAAGGAUCCGGCUUCUAUGUUGCUAGCCGACUACGGAGUUUACACCAGGGAGAUGGACAUUUACGAGCAGGUCCUGCCCCAUUUGGCCAAGAUGGUGAGGGAGGAGCUCACGGAUUCCAGGAAGCUGUUCGCGGCUACCGUUAAUGUGGAUCGCCAGCGGGACUCGAUCAUCUUCGAGGAUCUGUCGCAGGAGCAGUACAAAGUGGCUUGCAGGCUAAAGAAACUCGAUCUGGAGCACACUUAUCUGGUGCUGGACAAGCUGGCUGAUUUCCAUGCCGCUGCAGCAGUUCUGGCCGAACGGCAGCCUGGGAUCUUUGACAAAAACUACGAUCGAGGAUUUUUCAACAAACAUGUUCGCGGCUACGAAUCCACCAUGCGCAAUCUUCUGAUGGCCUUGUCGCGAUCCCUAGAGUUCAACAAAGAUCUCAAGGAGCGCUACCAGGCGAAGAUUGAUCGUCUGGUGGAUAAUAUAAUGGACUACGGCGAGAGAUCGACGUCACAUAAUUCAGGGGACUUCUUAACCCUGGCCCAUGGAGAUAUUUGGAACACCAAUGUCAUGUUCCAGUACGAUGACGAAGGUCAUCCCAUCAAUGCCAUCUUGAUUGAUUUCCAGUUCAGCGUGUGGAACUCUCCGGCCAUCGAUCUGCAUUAUUUCUUCUCCACCUCGAUAGACGACAACCUUCGCUGGAAACACCAGCCAGAGUUGGUUCAGAUUUACUACCACAAACUGGUGGAAUCUUUGAAGAAACUAAAGUAUUCACGACAUAUUCCGAGUUUAUUUGAGUUCCAUCUGCAGUUUCAGGCGAGAGCUUUUUAUGCUGUCUUUUCCUCACUGAUUUUCGAGCCCUGCAUGCUGUACAAUGGAGUUGAAGAGGCGUCCAUUGCACAGGGAAUGUCCGACUCCGAAAGUGGAAUCCGGUUCAGAGAUUCCGUAUAUGCGGCUGAUCAUAUCAGAGAAAAAAUGGUUCUCGCACUGCCGUUCCUCGACCAGUUGGGAUUACUGGAUGAAAUGUAAAUUUUAUAAUUAAAAACUUAAAAAUCGUUAAAAAAUAAAUGAGUAAUUAAUGAAACUUA